AUGCAGAACCUACGCCGCAGUGUCGUUGCGCUCACUACGUUUGCUAGAGGUUUAUGCUCAGCCCCAAAUAAGUCCGUUGUUAUUUCCUCUAAUGUUAUCUGUUAGUCCGAAAACAGGUAUAUUAAUGCUGAAUAUGGGUGGCCCUGAAACGCCGAACGAUGUCUACCACUUCCUUUUGCGCCUUUUCUCCGAUAAAGACCUGCUAGAAAUCCCUUUUCAACGGUACUCCAUACUUUUUAUAAUUUUCAGAAUUUUGGCCCCUUGGGUCGCUAAACGACGCACACAAAAGCUGAAGGAGCGUUACGAAGAAAUUGGUGGUGGUUCACCGCUUGCUCGCUGGACCAUAUGCCAAGGCAAAGCACUCGUUCGUAUUCUUGAUACCAUAAGCCCGGAAUCAGGUGCGCCUCCGUAUGUGAACUAAAAUUCAGCUCCCCAUAAAUUUUACUGUGGCUUUCGCUACGUUCACCCUUUGACCGAGGAAGCGAUCAACGCGAUUGAGCGGUAGGUCGAGUGUUUCAUAUUACAUGCCUUCGGAUGUCUCUUCUCCUUACUCCACUUAGAUACCCAUUCUCUGCAACUUAACUUAGUCGUACGGACAUUCUGUUCGCAAGUUGUAGAUCAUUACGCUUACGUCUUUAGAAAAAGGAUUGAAAUGCUAGAUUCUCAGUAACAAAGUUAUUGCCCUUGGCCAGUUGCGCAAGAUUCAAUACUAAUGAGACAAAACCUUCUAGCUAGUCAAUUAGCGGUACUCUUUAUUACCUUCAUCGUCCUGUCUGCGUCACACUUGUCAGUGCACUGUUGUUAUCUCCACAUCACUCGGACUUUGUGUACAGACACUUGAUUUUCUGACCAAAGGUCUGAAGCGUCAACCAGUAUUAUCAGCAAAUAAUGCGCCUCCCCACACCUUCGUUCAUGGUCCUUGUCCGGCCUAGCCUGACUUAUAAGCCCUGCGGCCUAAGCUUGCGCCCGACAUCUUUUACUUUAGAUAGUUAUGGGUUGGUGGGAAACAUGGCAGGUUUGAUAUUUAAUAUUGGACUUGGAUUUUUUGUCGUGGACGUCGCAAAAGUAAUCUUGAUCCACUAUAUUUUAAGGAUUACGCGUAGCGGAUUCCGAUCUUGGCGACAACGCAUUUCCUCCACUCAGAACAUGCAUAACGUUGAAUCUCAAAUUCAUUCAGAAAUUUCCAUGCGCACGAAAUUUAACCGGCUUAACAUAUUUCAUGCGUUAACUCUAACCUUACACGGCAAAUUUGCACCCUGGGCUGUCUAAUUUAUUUCCUUUGAGCCCAGUUGAAGCGUUCCUUCACAGUAUUUUGUCAAGCUUUAUGUAGGCUGCUGCCGACAAGCUUUUUGUCUCCGAUAUUUUAGAAAUCUGACUCGAUCAUUCUGUUUACCUAAGCUUGGUUACCCUUUAAAGUAGCAGCUAUUUCUGCAAGGGUCUUAUAUCCCAACACCACUUUUUUCAAAGCGAUGGGGUGGAACGGGUAGUUGCCUUUAGUCAGUACCCGCAGUACAGCUGCACCGUAUCUGGCAGCAGUAUCAACAGCAUUGCCGUUCAUUACUCUCGUCCCGAACACGGUGGCUUGGCCGGAAUCGACACAAUAGAGCCCCCCCUUUCUCUUAAGGGGUCCGAGCCAUCUCGACCAAAACCAGUCUGGUCAUUUCUUGAUCGUUGGCCCACCGCGUCGCACGCAGUGAAAUUUUUUGCUGAAAGUAUUCGCAACGAGCUCAGUCGGAUGCCUGACUCCAAGGACCAACAGGAUGCAGUAGUGCUUUUCAGUGCGCACUCUGUCCCAAUGUCUGUCGUGUACAGGGGUGACCCUUACGUUCAGGUAUGUUCGGCUAGCCUUACUUGUACAUAGUCGUUUUUUUAUCUUCUUCACACCACUUUUCCUCUCCGUAUACAGGAAGUAGGCGCCACGGUGCAUGCGGUAAUGCAAGAACUGGAUUUUGCUUUGCCAUAUCGACUGGUGUGGCAGUCAAAAGUUGGGCCGGCGGCCUGGAUGGGGCAGGAUACUGCCUCUGCGAUCCGCGGGUUGGCGAGACUGGGACACAAGCACGCUAUCAUUGUUCCAAUCACCUUUACUUCUGACCAUAUUGAAACUCUCCAUGAUAUGGAUAUCCAGUUUUGCGCACAGAUUGCCAAGGAGGCUGGAAUGAUAAGUGUGCGUCGUGCGGUGGCACCAAAUGACAAUGCUAUGUUCGUGCAGGUACAUAGUUACUUUUCUAAGUCACUCUACAUCUGUCGUGGACGUCAGCCUGCUUACUUCUGCAUCCUACUUUUUUUACAGGGUCUUGCGGAGCUGGUACACGCGCAUCUUCGGAAGGGUCAGGUCGCGUCUAAGCAGUUUUUCCUUCGUUGUCCAUCCUGUGUCAAUGACCGUUGCAGCAAGGCGCGCCUCUUCCUGGCCGGAGAGGCAGACCGUCUGACUACUUGGACAAAUGCCCAAUCCUUCCGCCUGCCUUCGGGCGCCAAAGCUACCUACAAGAAAGUUCCUUCGUCACUCUAG